CAGUGGGUCAGAGGGAGCAGAGCGACUGCGGCGGCGGCAAUGUUUCUUCGCAUAUUGUUGGAGCAUACAGUUAGAGAGCGACACGAGAUUUCAUCAAUAGAAAGUGAUACUACGGAAAACAGGAUUAAAAGGUCCGCCAGAAUUCGAGUUGCGUUGCGUGCGUGUGUGUUUUGAGAGUGAAACAGAGAUGGAGUUAGUUGCAGCGACGCCGACGACGGCGACGACCAAUGGGUCGCCGUUCCACAAUCACGACGUGCGCGAAUGGUCCAGAUUGGACAGCAUCACCGGGGUGCUGGAGAGGGCGCGUCUCGAAACCGACCAAUGGACGUCGAACACGGCCAACUCUACACACAAAUACAACAAGGUAGUAGACUCGAGAGCGCGUUCGGGUGCGGAUGGAAAUCACCAGCAGCAGGCGCGCAGGAAACUGGAGGUGUUUCAGAGCCAAGUGCCGGGAGGGAGGAUACAGGUGAUCAAGACGCAGACGGUGUCGAGCAGCAGGUGGACUGGAUUGGGCGGCGGCGGCGGCCGAAGGAUUAUUAACAACAACAAUAACAACAACAGCAGCAGCAUCGAAGACAACAACGAAGAAGACGAGGCUCAUUUCGAGGAUCUGCAACUGUCGCUGAACCCACUGGAUUUAACGUCGGAGAAGUCGAAGGCCAGCGUGGGCAGAAGCGUCGGACGGCGACCGCCUUCCAGAUCUCGCAUCAGAGACGACAUCCUCGGACGGGAUCUACGCACGACGGCGGCCACGAAUCUGCACCGGGUGUCGCGUCUCUGCCAUCAGAUCCACGACGACGCCGUCCGUAAAACGUUCGGAAAAUACCAGAGUCCACUGCAACAGCAGCAGCAGCAGAAGCAACAGAAGCAGACACUUUCGAUCGACGAGAGGCAGAGCGGUGACGGUGUAGAGAUCGUAGAAGUAGAAUCGGAGACGCAUUCGAAGCUGUCACGAACGAAGAGCACCAGCAGCGAGGAUCUGCACGAUCCGAAGAACCUCGAAGAUUUGGACGAGCAGCUGCAGAGUUGGCGUCGCACUUCCAAGAUACGCAGAUCGCUUCAGUAUCCCAAACAGAAGGCGACCAACAGCAAACCGCCCGAUCUGCCUUCGAACACGGGCAGCGUGCGGAGGAUCAAGGAGGACCUGGAGACGGGCAAACGGCUCAAUACGGCUCUGCGCGGUAACAGCGUCGAUCUGGACGCACUCGACCAGAUCCUCAGGUCCAUCUCGAAUUCGAGCGUGAGCAGCGGGGAGCAGCGCGACGAUAAGGACGACCCCAAGCAGCAGCAGAAGAGGAAUUCCUUCGUGACCGUCGAGUCGAUAAGGGCGGUGCGCGGUCGACUGCGACGCACUUCCUCCCCAACGAAGGACAUCUACAGACCCGAAGAGAUCGAUGACGGCAUCGUCACCGAGCGGCAGAACGACAUGAACGAACGCGUCAAAUCGUACGUCUUCGGCAUGGACGGAGACAUGCAGAAGAAGAUAGUGGUCACCGGCACUGGAAGCCUUGAAUCGCGACCGAAACCGAGCAGCGUCUCAGUCAAUCGAAACGAGGAUUGGUUCAGCCGUCGGAAAUCUUAUGGAUUCGAGCAGAUGCACAACCAGCCGGAGACGAUGUCCUCGAAGACGAAAUCGCGCGUCGAAUCAUCCACUGAUAGCGGCAUCUGCAGAUCGACGGAGAUUGUACUCGUUCCGACACCGACGAAGGCGAACGUCGUCGGGUACGUUUCGGAGAGCGAGGAGGAGCUGAAGCAAGCAUUCGGCGAUGAUCCGGGCGUCGGCAACGUAAAGAAGUACGCAUCUCUAUUCGAGAGUAAAAAGGAGGCCAACUAUUGGAGCAAGAAACCGGAGGCCGUGACCAUCACGAUACCGAUCACGACGACUGAGGGAGGUGGCUGGAGGGAAAACGGAGGCGAAACGAAGAGGCAUUCCAUAGCCGUCGACGAAUCCAAGUACAUGAGCAAAGUGACGGACAACAGCUUCAAGAGAACGAGUCUCGCCAUCAACGAUCAACGGUUCGACGAGGACGAGGGUCAGGGCAAGAGCAAGCACAACAAGAAGGUGGAAUUCUGCAAGACGGAGGUGCACUUUGCCGCGGAUUCGGGGAAAGUGAAUAUCGUGGAAACGGAUGAGAAGCCGCCGCCCACACAAAACUUUCGCAGGAGAAGGAGAAGCAAUUUGCAGGGCGAUUUGCCCGUCCUCCACUUCGGCGACACCGGUUUGGAGAAGAGCAUGUUUGGAGAUGGGGACGAAGCGAUUUACGAGAACAUAGGUGAUGGUAGUAAUAAUAAGGAGGUCGUGGCCUGCGGCAAUGUAACGGUGAACGCCGUUAACGGUUACCAGGAUGUGGGACUGGAGGAGCAGAAAGAGAACGAGGCUCCCAGGGGAAUUCUGAAGAAUAAACCGGUCAAACCAAAGCCGUACAUCUUGGGUGGAGAUCCGCUGCUUCUGCUGUCGACUGACGGUGGAGGAGGAGGAAGUAGUGGAGGCGAUUCGGAGAAGACGUGGGGCGUGAAAUUGAAACCAGCCCAGAAGGAGGAAAACAGCCCAAUUUGGAGGUCGACGGUUACCGUGAGGAACACAUUCUACGAUAAGGAGGAACCGCAGCCGGAAUUUCAAAAGUUGCUCAAACAGCUCAGGCCGACGAAGGAGGUUGAAGAGGAGAGCGCCUCCGAGGGUAUUCGCAUCCUGUCGCCUGCGGUGGACAGCAGAAGGUCUUCAUGGUCGGUGGCAGAUAGGAUUAAGCAGGUGGAGGAUCUGAAGUGGACAGAGAAUAAGGGAUAUUCGACGAAGGUGAACUUUGGAGAGGGCGAAGCGACGGUCGUCGAGAACAGGCAUCCGACGUGGCCGAGGAAAGAUGAAUACAACAAAGAUUUGAAGAAAAAUUUGCUAAAUAAAGGCUUAGUUGUGCGCAUUGGCAGAAACGACACGAACUCGAAGCACACGGUUUGCUCAAAGACGACGACGAACAGCGACACGAACGGCACGACGACGACGACCAAAAUAACGAUAGAUCUGACGCCGUCGCCGACGAACGACAACGACAGAGUGAGCGGAAGAGAGAGUUUCAGGUUCCCUCGCGCCUCUCUGCAAAGCUUCAAAUCACCAGCGCUCGUACGGAGCGCCCUCGGAGAAACCCUCGAUCUGGUGCAGAAGAGGGUCAAGGUGGCACCGCAGCUGGACGCUCUGAGAAAGCUGUACGAUGACGAUGACGACGAGGUGCACAGCGACAGCGAGGCCGACGAGGAAGUCCAUCGGAUCCUGAUGAAUGGGUCGUCGGAACGACGUCUGAAAGACGACCUCCUUCACCACAACCAUGACGACGACGGUAGUAGCGUGGUGUCCGGCAGCUGGAGCAAAAUGCGCGCCUUUAAGCAUAUCAAUCAUUACCAAAAAUCAAUCACAAACGGAUCUCAUGCACUUUUAGAAAAAGCAGACGCUUCACGGCUCAAGGAGGAGACGACGACCGAAUCAAAGUUCCGAUACAUCGAUAAGCAGAUAGAAAACGCGAUCAGCUUGAACCAGGAGAUGGAGGAGAGCAACGCGAAGCCAGAGAAACUAUCUAGUCCGUACGUAGUGAGCCGCAGCAAAACCAAAAGCAGUCCGGAUCAUUCGAACUGCUCGAGCCUGGAGAGAGGAACGAAGCACGUUCUGAGGCAACCGAAGCAAUCGGAGAUGGCGUACUUCGGUAUCAAAGUGAACAAACCAGAUCUGCUGCAGUUCGGAAGCAAUCACCGGAAGCAGACGAAGAAGCUGGUGGAUUCGCCGAUCUACGAGAACGUCGAGCAGAAGAACAGGAGGAAUAAAUUCGAUAGCAGCAUUCUCGAGGAGCUGACGAAAGCGGCCGAUCAAAUUCUGCAAGCGGUCAACGGAUACACGGACGAGGAGCAGCAUCAGCAUCACGGCAAGUACAGCUCGGAUGAGGAGAGGAAGGCGCCCAAAUUGGAUACCAUCUCUGAGACGAAAUCGUGGAAGAGAAGUGGCGCGCAACCGACGAAGAAGGCUGUAGUGAGCAAAGCCCCGAAGAACAAGCGCGAGAGUUCGAACUCAUCGAUAGAGAACGUUCCGAGGGAGUGCAGGAAGUUAUCGUCGACGCUCGAAAGCGGCAGCAGGAAACCCUUUAUGACCAAAUCCGCGGAGCAGAAGCAGCGGAAGAAGGUGGUAAGCGGUGGUGGAGGAGGAGGCGGCGGCGGUAGCGGAACUGAUACAGCUAAGGCCGCCACAAAGGCGCGACGUCUUCAGAGAGCGAGCAGCAGGGAGGCUUUACUGCAAUCGCACGGCAGCUCAUCCGAAGACCUCGCCAAUCCUGCGGAAUCGCAGGUCGUCAGGAAACCGCGUAUGAUCAAGAAAACGAAAUCCUCGCAAUUCACCGUCUCCAACGGACUCGAUCUGAAGAAGCCGAAGCGACGGGAAGAUGCCACCAAAAGCAGACCGUCGGAGGAGAGGCUUUCUGUCGGUUUACCGGAGAUCCGGCACAAGACAGCGGUGUCGACGAUAAGAAGCACCGCCGAGAAGGCGGCGAGUCGCGAGGCCAAAGCCAAGCUGCGGAGCGAAGAAGUUUCGAAGAAGAGGCAGACAGUGAAAGGCGGCGUUGGAACGACGAGCUCGAGUAGUAGGUCUGCUGAUGUGAUGAGUAGGGGUGUGUUGAGGACGACGACGAUGAUGACUGGGGGCAGAGAUCAGAGUCACAGAAAUCCAUCAGCUAGCAACAGCAGCAAAGUGAGGAAGUCGAGCCGCAACGAGUCAACAGCAGCAACAACGAAGCAUUAACAUUAAAACGUACUGAUUUAUUACUAUUACUAUUUUUAUACAACACAGACAGACAACAUUUUUCUAUUCCUUUUUCUUUAAACUAUUUUGUUACGAUGUUGUAAAUUAGUAUGUAGAGAGAAAGACAGUGAGAUCGAUCUAAAGUAAGUAAGAGUGAGAGAAAGUAGAGAUAUAUAAUAUGUAUAUGUAGAAGAGAAGAGUGUUGUAUGUACACACCGUUUUCCUGCCUUAGAUUUUAAGUUCCUAAAAAGCUACUCUUUUUUUCUUUUUAAUUAUUUCAUGUAAUAUUUAACACUUAAUUAUUAUGUUUGUAAUGUGUAGUGAACGAGUAGUGAAAAAGAAAGGGAAGAGACGAAGGCUAAUCAUCGCCUGUAUAUUCCUAUUACAUUAACGACAACAAUUUGAAAGCGAAACGAUUAAAAAGUACUACGAGACUAACCGAGACGCAAAACGAAGAGAGAAUAAAAUCUUUUUGCUUCUGUCUGUUAGAAAAACACUUUCGUUCGAUAUUUAUAAUAUAUUAUCAUCUGUGUAACCUCUAUUGAUUAAUUUUGUGA